AUGGUCAAUAACAACAAAAGGCAUAUAAUAGAUGUCAGUGAUGAAGAUCACCAGACAAAGACUCCGAGAUAUUCCCCUGAAACUGGGAUUAAAAGUUCAGCUUUUGGAUACGUUGAUAUCAAAAAGUUGGAACAUAGUGCUAGGAUGUUACAAAAGAAUAUUAAGAUUAUUUUGGAUGACGCUCCAAAUGUUGAAAAUUUGAAUAAACUUAUGACAGCAAAAGAAAUUGAUUCUUUGACUUUUGAUAACUUAAAAACGAAUAAAUUAGUACAUUUAUCAAGUAUAUUGAAGUCAUUAUAUGAAUUUGGCAACUUGGAAAUAUUUGACUCCAUCUUAGAAAAUAACAUCAACGAUGAAAGGUUAAUCAUCAAUGAAAAUUUUGAAAGACAUGACUUGAAAAUGGUAACAAGUGAAAAUUUCGACAAUGAUGAAAUCAAUUCAGUGGACUCACCUUUAAGGACCCCGGUAGUUCAAGCAUCUUCUCAUUUGAGAUUGGAAACAAUUUCCUCUCCUGAAAAUUCAAACAUAAGUGACAAUCAUAGCAUAGGCAUUCAUGACCAAUCCAAAAACGACACAUAUAAUGACUCAGAUAACACUAUACCUAAAUUACCAUUGAUUAAAGAUCCACAUUUGUACGCCAGAGUUUUCAUUCAUAAAUCAACUAUAAACAACAAGAGCUAUUUAUCGCAAAGUGAAUUGAUUAGCUCACAUAAUGAAAGGUUAGAAUUCUUGGGAGAUUCAGUAUUGAACAAUAUAGCGACUAUCAUAUUGUACACAAGAUACUCUUCAGCAUCAGAAGGUGAAUUAUCUAAAAUGAGAUCUUUAUUGGUCAACAAUGUGACAUUGGCAGAAUUUUCCUUGAUCUAUGGUUUUGAUAAAAAAUUGAAAUCUAAUAUCAAUGAUGCCAUUUUAAGACAAGGUAAGCAAAAAAUCUUUGCCGAUAUUUUUGAAGCCUAUGUGGGAGCUUUGGCAAUGGAAAAUCAUGAUUAUGAUGAAAUCAAAAACUGGUUGUACAAGUUAUUCUUGAACCGUUUGAACAAAUUCGAUAAUGAAAUCAAAGAAACUGAAGAAGUGAAUAAAGAUGCAAAAUCAGAAUUAUACUCUUUGGUUGGUUCAGCAUCUUUUCAUCCUACUUAUAAAGUGAUAAAAACUGGUGACGGUGCAUCUAAACCGUUUGAAGUGGACUGUAUGAUGGGGCAUGAGAUCCUUGGUACCGGAAUAGCCCCAGGUUUAAAAGAAGCUGGUUUGAGAGCUGCAAUGAUCGCUUUGAAAAAUAAACCUUUAUUGGAAAAAUACAUCCAGCUCAGAGUCAGUAGUGACAGAUCUCAGACUGCUAUUAGUGUUAAUGAUACUCAAAACACCAAUACGGAAGAAUCUAAAUUUUCUGAUUCUAGUAAUGAAUCGAGCUUAGCUUCUGGAUUUAAGGAAUUACCUUUGAUCGCUAAUAAUGAUGAUGAAUUUGACAUAAAUGCCAGAAACAAACUAUACGCUAUUUUAUCUAAACAUUACACAUCAAUACCAGAAUAUGACUGUGAAGAAACUGAUGACAAGCUCUUCAAAGCUCAUUUGAAAAUUAAUAAUCACUUAUUUUCAGUAGCUACUGAUGUUUCCAAGAAGAGGGCUAUGGCAAGAGCUGCCAAGAUAGUAUUAGACAAUUCGUCAGUUUUACACCAACUAGCUAAAUAG